AUGCUCAAUUCUCCAAUGAUUCAAAAUGUGUCGCCAGCCUACGUUGUUAGAGCUUUAGUGCCACAAGCACACGGCACAUAUGUUGUUCGAUAUCAAACAUUGAACGAUGAAAUUAUUUCAUCUAUUCAUAUAAAUAAUCAAUCGAAAACAUCAUCAAUUGAAUCUUCGGAUAGAGAUCUUCAUGUUGUUUUAUCAGUCCGUGUCGAUGAGACUUUAUAUAAACGUCCAAUAAUGAAUUAUUUUUUAUCACUGAUGGGAUCUCGUGGUGAACAAAAUCAUGCACAAUUAUUAGAACAAUAUCAUAGCGAACGAAGUCAGCUAGCGAAUUAUACAUCAUUAACACAUGAAUUAGUUCUUCCAAUUGAAAAUUUAUCAUGGAUCAUAGAUCCAAAUGAAUUUCGUAGUCUGAAUUUUGUACGAGAUCGUUUGAGUGGUAAAAAUAAUGAUGGAAUAUCUGAAGGUUAUUGGCAACGACCAAAUCAAAAUGAUAUUAAAAUAUUUAUUAAACGUUUUCCACAAACUAGUUCCUAUUAUGAUAACGAAUUAAAUUUACUUCAGCAACUCUGCUUUUUUUCUGUUGUCACACUAUUCGGUCAUUAUUCUGAUCAACAAAAUAAUUAUUUAGUAUUUGCACACAGCGGACGAUCACUGGAAUCGAUCUGUCCGUUACGAGCUCGAACAUCCCUAUCGAAAAUGUCUCGAAUCGUAAAUGUUGCUUUUCAAAUAUCCAAUGCUAUGAUCUAUCUUGAAAAGAAAAAUAUUGUUCAUCGCGAUCUAACAGCAAGUAAUGUUCUUGUCGAUUCUUAUGGUUAUAUUCGUAUUGCCGAUUUUGGUCAUGCCAUACAAAAAGAAGAAGGCAAAAAUAAUCUCUCAAAAUCAAUUACAUACAAUGGUGAAUAUCGAUUUCAAGUUCGCUUUCUUGCGCCGGAAUGCAUACCAAAACGAGUACAAAGUCGAUCGAACCAAUCCAAUAAUCAAAUACGAAGAGAAAUUUAUGCAAGUUUUUCACCGAAAAGUGAUGUCUGGGCAUUUGGUAUUUUAAUUGUACAACUUAUGCUUAAGAAUCCUUCGAAACCAUAUCCUCAUAUAGACAACGACCGAGAUGUAUCAAAGCGAGUGGCGAUGAAUCGUGAAAUACACCCGAAACCGGAUGGGUGUAAUAUUGAUAUUUAUUAUAUACUUCAGCAAUGUUGGGCUUAUGAACCUAUAAAUCGUAUAUCAUUUCAAGAAAUUCGAGAGAAGAUGAGAGUGUUAUCGUCAAUAUUUCGUUAA